GCCGAUGGCGUUCAGGAAGGCUCUGAAACGGACGGCGGUGGUCGGCGGCGGGGCGGUCGCCGCUGCGUUCGGCCUGUCGCAGCUCAUCGAGUACAGAAAGACGCAGGUGAGUCGAUGUUGCCGCUUCAGGAGCCACUUUUACACAGUGCUUUGUUUUAUAUGAGAGCAUAAAGAUCCAGUUUACAGGACUCCACUGGAGACCCACUAAGACCUUCUGAAUGCAGCUUUUCUGGAUAGAAAUCUCCUUCACAGGGAGGGUGUGCCUUAGAGGGCAUGUCCCAUCUAGAAGCUGGAAUGUGUUUAGUCUUCCAAAGGUGUGUUUUCUUCUGUUCUCACUGAAUCACAGCGCAGGGAGACAUGGAGUCACUGAACUGCUCUGAUAAAAUGAGCAGAUCUUCUCAGAGCAUCAUGGUUUUACAGUGUUAUGGAAGCUACCACCCCAACAUAUUUACUUCCACUCUACUCACUCCUGCAUGGAGGAGUUUUAUGACUUUGCUCCUUAAUCAUGAAGGUCAAUUGUACUGCGACUGUUUUUAUCUCAAAUACUGACUCUCCUGUACAACCUCUGUAGGCCAUGUAUGAAGGUACUGCUAGCAGCUAGUUAGCUUAGCAUAAAGACUGAAAAUAAAGGGAAACAGUUAGCUUUGGUGUUUGUCAAGGCGAAUCUGUAGCUUCACCUCGACUGUUCCCCUCUUUCCUCCUUUUUGUUUUACCCUUCGAUGCACAAUAUGGGUCAAAAGUGACCCAUAUUCAAUGAAAAUGAUUAUCUCCUGACCCAUGUUGUGCAUCAAAGGGUUCAAUCCUAAUAUUUUUACUAUUUAGCCAUUUAAAAUUAAGCUCAAGUGUCUUUUGGUAGUGUUUCUUGAGAAAAAAGUGUACUUUGACGUUCCUUCUGCCACGUUUUGAUGUUUUUGCAAAGAGUUGAACGAGAAGAUUCUUAUCACUGUGAUGUCUUUGCGUAAAAAUUGAUGCUCCUGCUAGCAGCGAGCUAAGUUAGCUUAGCAUAAAGACUGAAAGUAGUGGGAAAUCUCUAAUCAGACUUUCCAAAAAAAGACAAAAAUGGCAGAAAUGCUAUUUGCAAACAGAAAAAUUAACUAUUUAAGGUAUUAGUUAACAUUUUCCUUUCAUGUUGACUUUCUUUCUACCCAAUUUUGAUGUUUUUGAAAAGAGUUAGAUGAAAAGAUUGAUACCACUAUUAUGUCUUUAUGCUAAAUUUGAAGCUACUGCUAGCAGAGAGCUAACUUAGCUUAAAGGCUGUUAAUAGAAGGGAAACGGCUAGCGUAGCUCUUUCUAAAGGCUAAUCUGUAGCCUAAUUGCGACUAUUUCCCCAUUUCCAGGUUAUAUCUCCAUUUAUACUGUCUAAUGCAGGCAAAAAAGCCAGAAAAUAGUCUUUACAAACAGAAACUGAAGCAUUUAAGGAAUCAAUUAGCAUUUUCCCUGUUAUGUUAUACUUGUUUUUUGUGUCAGAAACAGUAAAUUGUUGCUGCAUGUAGAUUUAAAAAAAAAAAAAAAUCCAUUUGAUAUUUGAAAUAAAGUUAUGAUUUGCUGCCUGACAGUGCAGAUGGAGAACAACAGAUAAAGUUUUAAAGGCGACUGACCUGAAACUCCGCUUCGUCUUCGUGCAAUCCCAAAUAACAACCAACUUCACCUUGAGACCCGGCGAGCAGCUGCGACCUCUGAACCGACUUUAUUUUUAGGCACAUCUCAGCAUGCCGCUCUUUAUUUGACUGCACAACCUAAUGUGAACUUUGUUUUGUGUCCCGGUGCGAUAAUGUCUUCUCUUGCCCAUCGCCGUCCUCCCAACCAAAGCACGGAUUGGCCCGGUUGGCCCACGUGGCUGCAGAAGCAGAGCUGAAGGUUCCCUUCGCCGAUGAGCUCCCGACCCGACAGGCUCAGCUGGCGGCGCUGAAGAACACCGAGGAGUUUGACGUGCUGGUGGUCGGAGGAGGAGCGACGGGCGCCGGAUGUGCCUUAGACGCCGUCACUCGCAACCUCAAGACUGCCCUCGUAGAGAGAAAUGACUUCUCUUCGGGUACCAGCAGCCGAAGCACCAAACUCAUCCACGGCGGCGUGCGCUACCUCCAGAAGGCCAUCAUGCAGCUGGACUACGAGCAGUACAUGAUGGUGAAAGAAGCCCUACACGAGCGAGCCAACCUGCUGGAGAUCGCUCCUCACCUCUCAGCGCCGCUGCCCAUCAUGCUGCCCGUUUACAAAUGGUGGCAGUUGCCUUACUACUGGGCAGGGAUCAAGAUGUACGACCUGGUGGCCGGGAUCCAGUGCCUGAAGAGCAGCUACGUCCUCAGUAAGACCAAAGCCCUGGAGCUGUUCCCCAUGUUGAAGAAGGACAAGCUGGUGGGAGCCAUCGUCUACUACGACGGGCAGCACAAUGACGCCCGUAUGAACCUCGCCAUCGCCCUCAGCGCCGCCCGCUACGGCGCCGCCGUCGCUAACUACACCGAGGUGGUUCACCUGCUGAAGACGAAAGACCAACAGACUGGCGUCGAGAAGGUUUGUGGAGCUCGCUGCAGGGAUGUCAUCACAGGGCAGGAGUUCGACGUGAAGGCCAAGUGUGUGAUCAACGCCACCGGACCGUUCACCGACGCUCUGAGGAAGAUGGACAACCAGAAAACCCAGAACAUCUGCCAGCCGAGCGCCGGCGUCCACAUCGUCAUCCCGGGUUACUACAGUCCUGACAACAUGGGUCUGCUGGAUCCGGCCACCAGCGACGGCCGCGUCAUCUUCUUCCUGCCCUGGGAGAAGAUGACCAUCGCCGGGACGACCGACACCCCCACCAACGUGACGGCGCAUCCCAUCCCCGGAGAGGACGACAUCAACUUCAUCCUGAGGGAGGUUCGCAACUACCUCAGCCCUGAUGUCGAAGUGCGAAGAGGAGACGUUCUGGCGGCGUGGAGCGGCAUCCGUCCUCUGGUGACCGACCCGAGCUCCAAAGACACCCAGUCCAUCUGCAGGAACCACAUCGUCAGCAUCAGCGACAGCGGACUGGUCACCAUCGCCGGUGGGAAGUGGACGACCUACAGGUCCAUGGCCGAGGAGACGCUGGACGCCGCCGUUAAAGCUCUGGGACUGUCAGCCGAGUCCUGCAAGACGGUGGGUUUGAUGCUGGAAGGAGCGAAGGGAUGGACGCCAACGCUCUACAUCCGCCUGGUGCAGGACUACGGCCUGGAGAACGAGGUCGCCCAGCAUUUGGCCGCGACGUACGGAGGGAAGGCGUUCGACGUCGCCAAAAUGGCUCAAGUCACCGGACAGCGGUGGCCGAUUGUCGGGAAGAGGCUGGUGUCUGAAUUUCCGUACAUCGAGGGCGAGGUUCUGUACGCCAUCAAGGAGUACGCCUGCACCGCCAUCGACGUCAUCGCCCGGCGAACUCGCCUCGGCUUCCUGAACGUGCAGGCAGCCGACGAAGCGCUGCCUCGCAUCGUCCAGAUUAUGGGCAAAGAGCUGGACUGGAGUCAGGAGAGGAGGACGGCGGAGCUCGAGGCGGCGAAGAAGUUUUUGUACCAUGAGAUGGGCUACAGGUCUCGAUCUGAGCAGCUCACCAAGACGUCAGAGAUCAACCUGGACUACCAGGAGGUCAUCAGGUACAAGAAACGCUUCCACAAGUUUGACAAAGAGAGCAAAGGAUUCAUCACCACUGUGGACGUGCAGCAGGUUUUAGAGAGCAUCAAUGUCCACAUCGACGAAAACUCUCUCCAUGAAAUCCUUAAUGAGGUGGACCUCAACAAGAACGGUCAGGUCGAGAUUGACGAGUUCCUGCAGCUGAUGAGCGCCGUGAAGAAGGGACAAGUGUCGGACAGCCGCCUGGCCAUCCUGAUGAAAACAGCCGAGGAGACUCUGGAUAAGAGAGGCCCAGUGACGGUGGACCGGAGCGGGGGCGGAGUCUGAGCUGCUGCUUCCUUUAAAGGUGUUAAUGGCAAAAAGGAAACUCAUGCAAAUGGCGCUAUCUGAAUGACAAUAUUGCAAUCAAGCACGCAGCAGGAUGAAUUUGGCCAAAUCAAGCGCACUCCUCUGUGUGUUUUGGGUGAAACGGUAUCUAAUGAUUGAGGCUGAGAUUUGUUUUUCAUGAGAGAAGACAUGUUUUCCUGAGUCUGGUGCCUCUCACAGCGCAAUGUUUUGUAUUGUCUUUGAAACAAAACCUUUAAUACUUUAAUUAUAACAUUGUUUUUGUACGUUCUCCGGCGCUCCUUUUCAACAUGAUCGACACUGAUUGUUGCGAAAAUACUGUCUUCAGACGACAACUCGGCUUUUUAUUUUAUUUGUUCAAUAUUUCCUAAUAAGCCAAUGUUUCCUGGAAAAAAAGUAAUUUGGUGCUAAUUAUAGAAAACAGACAGCAUAUAUUUUAGAUCCCUGUUGCCCACAAUUGGAGGUUACAUUUUGUCAUGUUGAAAUGCUUAAUAUGUUAAAGAAUAGCCUAAAAAGACACACUCGGAAACAAAGAAAUGUGGAAGAAUACAUUCUCGAGAUUGCACCACUUGAACCCUAACAUUUGUCCUAAUUUUACAACCGUUAUGGUCACAGUAGCUUAGCUUAGCAUAAAGAACUAACUAAAAUUUGCUUUCCUUCACUUCCAAAGCUCACAGAUUUAAACAUUAUUGGUUUCUCUGUGUAUUUACAGUCUCAGGUAAUGUUUUCACCAGCUUUGUGCUAAGCUAACUAGCGGCACUAUAGUAUUGUUCCCUUCUGAAAAAAAGUACAUCUAAAACAGCUAACUGAACUGAACAGCUUAUAAAAAUCUGCCUUCUUUCACUUCCAAAGCUCACAGAAUUAAAUGUUAUUGUUUUCUGUGUGUAUUUACACUCUCAGGUUGUGUUUCCACCAUCUUUGUGCUAAGCUAACUACCUGCCCAGUGGUAUUAGUUUCCUUCUGAAAAAUGUGCAUCUAAAAGUCAAACUGUUUCCCUAAGAAGCUCUUAUCCAUGGAUCGACCAAUGGGGGGGGGGCUGAUGAACUCUGAGUUUUUGUUAGGUGUGUAGCUAGCUACAAAAGGCUCAUGCUAAUGCUAAGCUAGGAUGCUCUGGACUCAAAUUAAUGCUUCCAACAGUAUCCGAACUAAGUUGAUGAAAUCUGCGACAUGUAUCUUUAAAAACAUAAAAUAUCAGCACAUGUAGCGGCGACCACUGGAUUUCAUUCCUUUUACUUUCAGAUGAGCCUAAUAAAUACUGUACUAAUAUUUAUUUGUGGUUAAAUGGACCUAUUUUUACCUACAAUUAGCACCAAAUUCUGACAUAUUCCCAGGAAACGUGCUGUUUAGUAAAUACUGUACGUUCUUAAAGCACACCUGCUGCCAUGUUCUACUGUGUUCUCCAUCUUUUUGCACUACUGCCGACACCGAGGUUUACAUGUCCAGGUCUCCAGCUUUACUGUUCGACUGAUCUUCUCUAUUUUUACUGAUUAUUUAUUGCUUUUUCUGCGUGUUGCUGCAGCUAUUUCUACUCACUGAGAUUUAAUGUAAACGUAUAACGAACGGCAUCUUAGAAAUGCGGUUUCAUCGGGACUAUAUGAUGUUUUUAUUUGCUACUAUCACGUGCUAAAUGCGUUCUUUAAAUAGUGUAAAGCGAAGUGGAGUUUAUUCUCUGAUUUCUGUGCUUGUGGUUGAGUUAAAUCACCGUAUUGUCGCACAUCCAGCCUGCCUGAUGGCCUCGUAGCCGAUCAGCACUACGUCGAUAUGUAAAACCCUGCAUGCAAAGCUGAUGUUUUUACUGCUUAUGGGACGUUUUUAAUCUUGGAACAGCAUGUUUAAUGUGUGGAUGAAUGUAUGACCUGUGCCUUCAUGUGCCUACAACAUGACACUCAACCUUCUUUUACACAAAUACACGCUAAAGGACAUUAUGUUGAGAAUGUAAAGAUAUUUAUAUGAACAUUUAUUACAUAAAGAAAUUAUUUAAAAUC